AUGGCCGUGAUCGAAGUGGAAAACGAGACCCAGUUUCUGACACUCACCAAGGAUAAGCCCGGCAAGCUCAUCGCCGUGUACUUCCACACCGAGUGGGCGGCGCCGUGCAAGACGAUGACCUCGGUGUACAACACUGUCGCCGAGUCCAAGGCCAGCGACCCCCAGUACGUGUUCCUUCUGGUGGACGCGGAGAAGCAUACCGACAUCGCUGAGCUCUUCGACGUCAAUGCCGUCCCCUACUUCAUCCUCAUCCGCAAUGCCACCAUUUUGGCCGAGUUCCUGGGAGCCGACCCCAAGGAGUUGGUGAACGCCCUCAACCAAUUUGCCGAGCCGCUGGCGGCGUCUUCCACCACCACUGGUGCUGCUGGCACCGCUGCUGCCCCCGCGCAGACCGCCGAAGAGCCCACUACGGCCGAACCCGAGCUGGAGGAAGCACUCAACGAACGGCUCAAGAAGUUGACUAACGCCGCUCCCAUCAUGUUGUUCAUGAAGGGGUCGCCGUCGCUGCCGCAGUGUGGCUUCUCCCGUCAACUAGUGGCGAUUUUGCGUGAACACCUGGUGAGAUUCGGCUUCUUCGACAUCUUGAAGGACGACCUGGUGAGACAGGGGCUCAAGAAGUUCAGCGACUGGCCCACCUUCCCUCAGUUGUACAUCAACGGUGAGUUCCAAGGGGGUUUGGACAUUAUUAAGGAGAACGUUGAGGAGGAUGAAGACUUCUUCGAACACGCUUUGCAAGGUUAA